AAUAAAAUCAUUUAGUACAUUUUAAUAAUUUUUAUUUAAAAAAACUUAAUUUUUAAAUUCAGUAUUAUGAAUAUGAUAUUUUUUCUUACAGCUUGUCUUCUGGCACCUUCUAUAACAACACUUCCGACGAAAUUGAAGGAAAUGGCUAACUAUUACCAUAGUUCGCCCAAUAUUGAAUUAACUUAUUUAGCACUGGAAUUGUGUCUCGAUUCGACAUUGAUUGAUAUUAAAGAUGGUAUCAGCACAUUAAAGCAAAUGAAUUUAUGGCUAACCAACAGAAGUAGAAUCGUAGUAAAUAUUAUGAACUAUAAAUACUUCGAUCGAUCAAAUGUUUUCGAUGCCCAUCAAACUGAAGCGUAUUUAAAUAACCUGCUAGAAAUCGAUUUUGAAAAGAGCAAACAAUCUCCUUAUUCAAAACACAUAAUUGUCGAGGAUAGCGAUUUGAAUCAAUUACCCGCUGGGCGUGAGAUUGUUGUCAUAUUGAUAACAAAUAUUCCUCAAAACAAAAGAAAAAAUUUUUAUAGUAUCGCAAAAGAAUAUCCUAAUAAAAAAAUAGUGGCCUUCAAUUUUUUUGUACGUGAGGAAGCAGACCCCGGCAAUCAUCACAAAGGAGCUUAUCUCUAUCCAACCUUUUCUCAAUUAAACGAACAUAUUACGGAAAUUCGUAAUCUCCACAGAAAGCCCACUUUUUAAUUAUAUUAUUAAACUUGACUUAAAUUAAAAUAAAAUAUAGAAAUUGGUUUUCGCUAUUAUCAUUUACAUUAGUUUUUAUAAUGUGUUUCUUAUAGUAAUAUAAAUAAAUUUUAGCUUUUGCAAA